CCCUUCAGUGGCAGUGUUUACAUUAAGGAUGGGAUUAAUCCAGUAUCCUCUCCGCAAAUAAAAACAAAAUUUAGACACCUGCUGCGUUCACCUACUAUUUGAAUCUUUAGAGUUACCAUUUGUGACGUCAUUCGUUUUCACACCAUUCUUUUCCCAUUCAUUUCUGGUCGGAUUAGGGCCACAGUAGACGCGUGAAGUGGCUGCUCAGUUUCAUUAAUGCGCAUUUAAAAGUUUCUGGAAGAUUAACAGACCAUAUCCAAGAUGCAUCAUUUCCAGACUUUUGUGUUCCUUGACCUUGAAGCGACUGGAAUCUGUGGAGAGCGUCCUCGGCUGACUGAAAUGUGCCUGGCCAGUGUACACCGCUUUUCUUUGGAAAAUUUUACACAAAGCAUUGGAAAUAGGGGAAAAGCUGGUCAUGUGUAUCCCCGUGUUAUGGAUAAACUCUGCCUGUGUGUUAACCCCAAUAAGCUGGUCUCACAGAAGGCCUUUGACCUCAGCGGUUUGAGCAAUGAAAACCUGACAGAAAACUGCAAAUCUGGCUUUGACCAGACUAUUGUUACACUAUUAAGGGCAUUUUUGGAGAGACAAGCACCACCUGUGUGCUUGGUGGCUCACAAUGGUUUUAAUUUUGACUUUCCACUGCUGCGCACGGAACUAACUCGCCAGGAGUCAGACCUUCCUGAUAAUGUGUUCUGUGCUGAUUCUUACCAAGCCUUAAGAGAGAUUCUUGAAGGUAUCGAAAACCCUAGAUUUCGGAGGUUCAAAGGAGGAUACAGUUUAAGUGAACUUUACAAGAGGUUUCAUGGAGUGUAUCCACUUAAUGCCCAUUGUGCAGAAGCUGAUGUGCUUACUCUUAUUUCAGUUUUUCGUUCUCAUGCCACUGAGCUGUUGAAUUGGGCAGACCUGCAUGCCAGACCCUGGAAGGAAAUUACUCCCAUGUACAACCCCAGUCCAUCUAAAAAUCUGCACCAAAGUCACCUUGAGCGAUAUUCUCCGAAACAAAGAUCAAAGGCUGUAAGGUCUAGUCAAAGCUUGGGCUUGGUGUAAUUGGAUGAAAGCAAGUUUUAGAAGAUCUAAUGCUUUUUAAAAUGAAUUACCUUAAGUUCAAAGGAAUGAAUAUCCCAGUGACAUUUAGUAUACUUUAUGUCAUUGAAGUAACUAUCCAAAUCUUGUGACAACGUCUGCAGUGAAACCAACAAUUAUGAGUUUAUAAAUAACAGUGACAAAAUCAAUGACCUGACACCUCUAACAAAAUGAAUUUACUCAUGUGUAUGUUUACAGAAGAAGAAAAACUAAAACAAAAAGAAUUGCAAAUAAUAAUCACAUAUAAAUGCACUAGUUUUAUGCUACUUAUAAUAAAAUCCCAUUUGAGGGAAGUUGCCUGUCAGGAGCUUUCUGAGACAGAGAUUCAACACUUUACCUCAAACUAUUGCAUGUGCAUGGCAGAAGACUACUUUCAACCGUGGUAAAAGCAAAUAUCUCUGCCGUUGUUUGACAUAUUGGUUAAUACUGUGUGAGCUACAAUAAAUACACAUAUACUUUGAGAUUCUUAAAUCUUAAAACUGGUGGACUAGAUGUUUAUUAUGGAAAGGAGUAUGCUUCAGUAAGUCACUUGUAGCCCCUUGCACAGUAGUCCACACUGCAUAAUUUAGUAUAAGAAUUAUAAAUAGUACAGGGAAAUGAAUGACUAUCCAAGAACAUAUCCAAUGUUUUACCAAAUGCAAGAGAAUACUGUUGAAAGACAUUUUUUUCUGAAAGUGCUAUACAGACAACAAAUUCAGAACUUGUGGUGUCCUGUCAUCACACAAGGAAUGGGCACUUUUGACUGCGCUUGUGUUUGUAUUUCAAAGUAUGUUACUUGGAGUUUAAUCAAAUACUGUAUUUAAAAAUUAAUACCUUUUUUUGUAUGUCCUGAUGGGGUGUAGGCAGUUAUUUGCUGGAAAGAAAGAGGACGAGGACAAGCAAGCCAUUUGUAUUCAGUUCUGUUUUCCUGGUUGUGGCAACGGAAAAACAAAUACAGGGUGUCCCAAAAAGAAUAUCGGAGUUUUAAAGAGCUGUAGCGCUGCGCCCAUUCAUCGGACACUGCAGAGCAACCUAGUGGCAUCUUGAGGAAUUAAUCUAGUUUCAUUCUGUAUAUAAAAAAGAAUAUCGGAGUUUCAAAAAGCUAUAUUUAUUGAAUUAUACAAGCAUAUACAAAAACUGUUAUAUUCACGUGUUUCCCACAUUGUCUAUAAAUGUACUAUGUGCUCCCCACAAGUAACUGUAACAAUAUCGAGGUGAUAUUCAAAUUCCUGCCAAACUCUCUCUAACAUAUCGGGAUUGACGCUCUAAAUGGCAGCCGUUAUCUUCAACUUCAUUUCAUCCAAAGUUGUAGGCAUUGGUGGUUGGAACACUAAUCCUUUGAAGUAUCCCCAAAGGAAAAAGUCACAUGGGGUGAUAUCUGGGGAUCUUGGAGGCCAAUGGUGGAGUGACAAUUCUUGAUUUCCAGAUUUUCCUAUCCAAUGUUGGGGAUAGAUCUCAUUUAGGAAAUGCCGCACUGGAAGAGACCAGUGAGGUGGUGCCCCAUCCUGUUGAAAAAUUAAACCAAUGUGCUGUUUUCCUAAGAAUGGCUCUCUAGUAGGCCAAUUUAAUUUUGCAUCUCUCUGCUUUCUAGCCCCUCUCUUUCUACUCUUCUGAACAUUUUAUCCUCUUAAGUAGAACUGGUGCAUUAUAGCCUGCAGGCUCAUGUCCUGUAGUGUUCUUUCCCAAUUCAACUCUGUCCCCCUGGCUUUAUACACUCCAUAUCAAUAGAAUCUACACAUAAAGUAUAUACAGAUGCCACAGUAAAUUUCAUAACCACAUCUGCAGAGGAGCAUACUUUUAAUCAUAUUUAAAUUUAGAAAGUACUAUGAUGUCAUGGCUCUAUUUAGCUUCUUUUUACAUAAGAAGUUAAGUAGUAUUGUCACAUGUACAGAGUGCAGUGAAAUUCGUACCUGCAUGUCUGAGAAACAUUCAAUAUUAGCAUGUUAGGUUUUGAUUUAUUGUUUAACUGUCUUUGCCACCAUAUUUUUUUUUUUGUAUCAUUCAAGUACUUGUUUUAUUUUUGCUUAUGGACUUUCCUCGUGGCAUAGUGCAUAUAAUUGCCCUGCAAAAAUGACUAAAUGCAGUAACGAAAAUGAACUUAAAUCUGACUAGUUGGUGGUUGCUUACACCAGUAUGGUGAAACAAUACAAAUUGGAAAAAUUGUGUUUCCCAAGUAUGGGGCAGCGCCAAAGGCUGUGGAUUUUUUUUUUUUUUGUUUGUUUUUAUUUAAAAGCAGGUUACCUUUUUUACCCAUUGCAUCUAUUUAUAUACUUUGCAUGCCAUGGUUACACUUUAACAUCUUCAUGGUAGAAGAUUGCCUCUAAAGGUUUUAAACAAAAAAAAUGUUAUAGCUGGUCUCGUAGUGGUCAGAACUGUAGUCUUGCAGGUCCUGAAGGAGUGGUCUAUUUUUUCCCCAUCAACACAAAAAACACCAUCCUCUUCCAAAUCAGUGCAUCAUUUGAAGCGGGGCAUGACCAAAAGGCUCCCACAGACCUGCACUUCACUGUUUCUGAGGGAUUAAGUAAAAACAAAGUCCAAUCAUAGCUUUAAUGUUUGAAAGAGACCUUCAUGAUUUUUAUGAUAUAACAGGUCAUUUCUGCUCAUAGUAGUUUAGCUGGUCAGUACAUUUUAAAAUUGUUAUACUUAUGCUCUCAUGUCUAUAGGCACUUUCUUGAAACAUUUAUUUGUAGAGAUAUGGAGAGUGGGUGUACCACUGAUUUCUUAACUUACAGCAGAAUCUGGGGCAUUCCUUCCUAUCCUGAGAUCUUUUAUCACUGAGGUGCUUCACAGUGGUUUUUCCUUCUGUACUUCCAACUCCAAAAGAAUCCAAAUCGUUUGGUCUGUUAUGUCUACAAAUAUGGUUGUAGCAGAGGCUGUCAUUAUUAUAGUACCCAACCAUGUGAUAAGAUCUGUUUAGAGUUCUCAGUGGCAGACAGAGAUAGGUGUAAAUGAUUGUCUAAUGUGGUGGACUAGACGUUUGCUGGUCCUGACAUUAUACUAAUGACUCAUCAUGCUACCUUUACUUAUUUCACUUAAAAUGUAUACAAAUUUUAUAAAUCUGUAUUUUUGAAAAAUUUUGCAAUGUUAGUAAAAUGAAUUGUGAUUCAUGAAAUAUAAACUAUUUUCUGACUUUUAAAAAACAGUAUGAUUACUUUUUAAAACUGAGGAAUAAUGCUUAGUAUUUUAUUUAAAUAAGAUAAUUAUUUUUCAAUGUAAGCUGCUGAUAACCAAUGUUAAAGCAUUCUAAUAGUAUGUAUAACCUAUGAAACAAAAUGAGAUGUGUCUCACAUAGCAAGUGACGUUUUAUUUGCACUGAUAACUAAACUGUACCAAGCAAGAACCUUACAAGAGGUAUACAUCCAAUCAGAAAUAUUCUUCUUAUUUAUCUGUACAUUGCUUUUUGUAACGUCUAUACCUUCCAACCUUCUGAAAUAUUAAACAUUUUUAAUAAUUUUGUGUUAAUUAAUUUCCCUUGAAAACUUUCAGUCAGACCACUUUGCUGUCCAUUACGUGUUCACCAGACUUGUAUAUAAACUAAAACAUGAGUGUAUUACUGUGCAUUAGCUGGUGAAUAUGAAAUUCUGUCACA